AUGAAAGUCACUGAAGACGCUGCAAACCAAGGGUGCCCUUUCUGUUCCUUGAUCAUCGAGACCUUUCGAAAAGGUAUGCCAACCGAGGACUGGGAUCGGCUGAACCGCCAGAAAUUGUGGUUUCACAUGUCAGUGGGCCAAAGAGGCGAAUGGUGGGGUUCUAAGCCUGAAGGCGAAGGACUCGGCAUCGGUAGACUUGAUGUAGAACUGGCAUCAAUCACUUAUGGAUUCCCGCUGUCCGUAACCGGAACAGGCUUGAAAACCUUUCAUGUAGUCGCAGAUCUAGGUGACGUGGCCUAUACAAGUGGUGACGUUCGAGGAACAUACGUCAACGAAAAUACUGAGUCCGAGACAUAUCUACUCGAAAUCAAGUGGCGCAGGGACAAGUGCUUCUCCCACGAGACAUGCUGUAAGACUCUAUCGGGUAAUCGACAGAUUGAUUGUCGCCAAGUGGUCCUGCCUACUAGAUGUAUCGACGUCCUCGGGCCGGGUUUGCACAUUGCAGAGACAGGGUGUGAGACGUCAUCUUAUCUCAUUUUGUCACAUCGGUGGACCCCAGACACUGCAGCUUGCGCUACCACGGCCGGAAACAUUGAGCAAAGACGUCGGGGGGGUGCGAAUGCUCUGCUAUCGCUACCAAAGACUUUUCUUGAUCUUUUCGACCUAGCACGAGGCUUGGGCGUGAGAUACGUCUGGAUUGACUCAAUAUGCAUCAUCCAACAGGGCGAUGGUGGACAAGACUGGAAUCAGGAAGCCCCAAAGAUGGGGGAUUAUUAUCAGCAAGCGAUGUUAACGGUCUGCGCCACGUCGGGCGACAAGGGACUCUUCCAGGCGAGAACCUACUCCAAGGCUGUCCCAGAUAUUGCUCGACUACCGUUCCGAAACAGGGAGGGAGCGCGGCAGGGCUUUUUUUAUGUAUAUCCCUACAGCAACAAAGACCAGAACAUGCUCCUUGAUGAUGAGAUCAUUCAGGGAAGCAAGCUGCUCACUAGAGGAUGGGUCUUUCAAGAAUGGCUCUUGAGCCGCCGCCUCGUAUACUUCACUCCGGCCGGCAUGAUCUAUGAAUGUGUGACGGCAGGGAUGAGCGACGACCGUGGUGAAGUAUGGGAUUCACAAAAGCUCACCAAAGGCCUUUUGCCGUGGGUGCAGGAAGCUUUUGGGGAUCGACACUCCCGCAUGUGGUAUCGACUUGUGGAGAUAUACUCUAGCAAGUCAUUAACCUGCCCAGUCAAAGACAUUAUCAUGGCUCUCGCCGGGGUAGCCAAGGAGUUCGGAGAUGCGAUGAUGAGACGUGCAUCAGGUGGUUCGGUGCCAGUCACAACAGUACACUGCGGUCUGGAGUAUCUUUCCGGACUUUGGGCCUACGAUCUCCAUCGUGGGCUCCUAUGGGAGCGCAAAGUGUUUAACGGCCAGCACCGGAGACUCCACGGCUACCCUUCUUGGUCCUGGACAUCUACCAUUGGCACUGUUGUGUGGGAGACAAACCCUGUCGGCACUCGUCCGCCUAGUUCGCUUACACGUGCCUGGUGCGGAGCAGACCCGGCAAUUCUCUACCCUGAAGCAAAAUUCCUCGCUGCAAGCACCCUGGAGGGUAAUGUUUUGUCAUUUUCUGGAACGCCCUUGACAACGGCUGAAAGGUUCAGUCGCCCACCCGCAAACACAUUCAGCACUCUGAACAAGUUUGCCAUACUACGAAUUGAGGGGAAGCUGGCCCGAUUUGUUGUUAGGGAGACAUUUUCUGAAGAUGAGGAUAUGCGACCUCUAUUUGAUCUCUGCGGGGAUGCUGUAGACCUCAAAUCUGCACAAACUUUGUGGAGGAAGCUAUCAGGAGGAGGCACUGUAUGA